AUGAACCCCUAUAUUAUAUCAUUCCUUCUACUAGGUCUAGGCUUAGGUACUACCAUUACAUUCAUAAGCUCUCAUUGAUUAAUAGCAUGAAUAGGCUUAGAAAUUAAUACACUAGCAAUCAUCCCCCUGAUAGCACAACACCACCACCCGCGGUCUGUAGAAGCUUCAACAAAAUACUUUCUCACCCAAGCCACAGCUGCAGCAAUAAUCCUAUUUGCUAGCUCCACUAACGCCUGAAUUACAGGACAAUGAAGCAUCAAUGAGAUAUCACAUCCUAUUCCUACAACCAUUAUGAUACUAGGACUAGCUCUGAAAAUUGGUAUAGCACCUCUCCACACAUGAAUACCAGAAGUACUUCAAGGACUUGAUCUAACCACAGGGUUAAUCAUAUCAACAUGACAAAAACUAGCACCAUUUUCCUUACUAAUACAAAUAAACCUAAAUAACCCUGUAUUAAUCACAAUAGCAGUUAUAUCAACCAUAGUGGGGGGAUGGGGGGGCUUAAACCAAACGCAAUUGCGAAAGAUCUUGGCAUACUCAUCAAUUGCCCAUAUUGGAUGAAUAAUCCUUGUCCUACAGUUUUCACCCUCACUAACACUACUAACUCUUCUAAUCUACAUCCUUAUAACACUUUCUGUAUUCAGCUUAUUCAAAGUAAAUAAGACAACUUCUAUCAACUCACUAGCUACAUCAUGAUCAAAAUCUCCUACAAUUACCGCACUAGCUCCCCUUGUCCUACUAUCAUUAGGGGGGUUGCCACCACUUACAGGGUUUGGACCAAAAUGAAUAAUCUUAUCAGAACUAACAAAGCAAGAACUUAAUACUAUUGCAACAAUUACAGCAUUAUCUGCUUUACUAAGCCUAUAUUUUUACCUGCGACUCUCAUAUGCUAUAACACUAACCCUUUCACCAAAUACUACCCCUAUAACCAACCAGUGACGGUAUCACACCAAGCAACCUAUUAUUCACCUAUCCGUCUCCACCAUCAUAUCAUUAAUAAUACUCCCCAUUCUACCUAGCAUAAUAACUUUAAUCAACU